AUGGUGUUCUCGAAAUUAACACAAGCUUAUGGAUCCUCUAUUGGGAAGAAUGAAAGCAGGAAGAAGAAGAACAAUGGAUCUAUAACACCUACUAAUGUAGUAGAGUGUCCUUUAGAGCUCUCUAUAAAGAUUGAAUCGCCACCAUGUGUAAUGUAUGGUAAUGCUGUAGAUUCAUCAGGUGCAUUACUCGCAGGUAUAUUGACUUUAAAAGUGAAGAAGCCACAUUCACUAAGUCAACCAACGAACGCUCCAUUGCGAGCCACAAAGAGUUCGCCUUCAUCAACGACGUCGUCGUCGUCGUCGCUGAGGAAAAGUACAGUUACUUUAUCUCAUGAGAAGAAUUCUCAAACUUCUUUAUCUAGACAAGCUCAACUGGCCUCUAUGGAGGAGAAAAGUUAUAAGAAUAUAAAAGUUGUUGCAGUUACUUUACGAUUUGUACAAAAAGUUCAUUACCAUAUGCCUUUUGUACCAGAAUCAUCAAGUAUACAAAAUUGUAAUAAAUGUAAGACAAAGAUAACAGAAUUAAAAAAAUGGAAAAUUCAGACAAAAAUGGAAGAAAAAAAUAUUGGAAAGCAUGUUUAUCCAUUUUCAUAUUUAACACCUGGUAAUUUACCAGCUACUUCAUCCUUAGGGGCAAGUGCCAUGACUCAUAUUGAAUAUGAAUUGAUCGCAACCGCAAAAUACAAAGUACAUAAUGAUCCAGAAACAAAGAAUCUACGAUUGAAUAUGCCUAUUCAGGUGACACGUAGUAUUCUGAGAGGUCCUGAUAAAAAUUCUUUGAGAGUAUUCCCUCCGACUGAAUUGACAGCUGCUGCUGUGUUACCAAAUGUAAUAUAUCCAAAAUCAAGUUUCCCAUUAGAAUUGAAGUUAGAUGGUGUUUCUUCUGGUGAUACAAGAUGGAGAAUGAGAAAAAUUGCAUGGAGAAUAGAAGAAACAACUAGAGUUAGGGCAAAUGCAUGUAACGAUCAUGAAGCUCAAUUGAAAAAAUUGGAAGAGUCUGUUAAACAGAAAGAAAUUGAAAGAGCCAAGAAACCAAUCCAUCCAAUUAAACGAUAUGGGGAUGUAGGCCCACAAGUUAGAGUAUCUGUAAGUUCACCUGAAAAUAUGCCUUUGGGUCGUAUGAGAAAUGUAACUGUUGGGUUAAAUGAUCCACUGAAUACAUUGUCUCCAUUCACUGAAGGUCCUGUUGAUCCAUCGGUAUCAUCGACAGCAAGACCUGUGUCACGAUCACAUGCCCAAGCACAAGUACCACAAGAUGGUAACUCUAACAGGCACGGAGAAUCACAAUCUAGACAUCCCCGUAAUAUUGAUGAUGAUGAUAAUGAUGAUAACACCCCUUUCAUUCACCCUAGUGAUGAUGCUUUGAGACAAGAAAUUUUGCAACAGCAACGUCGUCAAAGAGAAGAACAAAUGAAACAAGAAUUCAAAAAUAAUAAUAGUACUCUAUUUACCGAAGAAGUAAGAAUUAUUUCUAAAGGUGAAAUGAAAAGUGGAUGGAAAACCGAUUUCGAUCAUCAUGGGAAGAUAGAAUUGGUUACAGAUAUUGAUUGUAUGCCGUUAACCACAGGUGUAAGGAAUCCUUUGCUUUAUGCAUCCACAGCUAAACCGAUCCCACCACAAACAAAACCCCACAUCAACCUUUCCUGCGAUAUACAAGAUUUAGAAUUAGGGAUAUAUGUCAAUCAUAUCCUUGCUGUUGAAAUAGUUGUCGCAGAAGAGACUUUACAGUAUACAAAUGGUCAACCCAUCUCGAAAACACCAAAAAAUGCUUCAACCACUUCAACCUCAGUGGCAAGAGAUGAUCAAAGAUUGGUAGAGUUAUCGUUUAUGUUGGCAAAUCAAACUGCUUGGAAAGGGCGUCCAGUUGAAGAGGAUGGGAGUUCGUUGUCUCCACAUCCUUCCGAUAAUAAUUCUUCUCCAAAAUCUAAAACUGAAACCAAUAUUAAUUCAAAAGUUGUAAGCGUACCAACCGGUGCAGCAAGAGUUCUGAGAAUGCAAUUUAGACUCAAUGUUACUGAAAGAUCAGGUUUAGGUAUAUCUUGGGAUGAAGAGGUGCCGCCUAUUUAUCAGGAUGUUAAAGAUGCCCAAAAUCCACCUAACUAUGAGCAUGUAGUAACAGAAUCGCCAUUGUACAAUCUGGAUAGUGUUGCAUCUAAUUCCAGCGUAGAUGAAUCACAAAGAGAAGGUGAUCUACAGACUGUGUCGAGGGCCACAUCGAGCAUCCCAACAGCGCCACAAAUGGCACAUCAUUCUAAUAGUAACGGGCAUCAUCGUGGUGACCCAAAGUUCGGUCCUUUGUCAUCAGUCACAUCACCAGCGUUGGAAAACGUGAUUAGUAUACAAGGUAACGUACCACAUAGAGGACAAUUAUUAACACCUGCAACUACACGUAAUAUAGGUAUAAUGGGCCACUCUCAUUUGUAUGAUUCUGAUAGAAUUACGCAAUAA